AUGUCGGCUUCCGGCUCCACCAAGAGGCCCCGGCUAUCUCUUCAAAUCAAGCCAAACACGGGAACUAGUGGCCGGCCGGCGAAGAACUCAAUUGCCCGCAGUGAUCCAAAGUCACCGACGGCAUUCAACACUCUUUCCAAUGUCUACGUCACAGCCAUCGAGAGAUCGACGCCGGUUCAAGCCACCCCCUUGACAGCCAUCAACCUCGGCGAGUCUUCUCUGAAGCUACAGUCAAACCACGACGCUCUAAAAGACAUGAAACAGAGGAUACAAACUCCACAGGCCGCCAAAUAUCCCGACACGCCGCUUACGGCUAACCCAGCAUCACCUAUGCAAAUGGAAUGGAUGUUCCCGAGCACCAUGACAGCGACGCCGCCUCUUUCGGCAGGGCCGGUCGAUCCAUCGGGUUCGAAAGUGUUUUCAUUUGCGCCCAACGAUGUACCGAGUCAAGUGGUCCCGACAUCUCCGGCCCAGUCUCGCCGUCGUGUCACAUAUGUUCCUCUGGCGCCAGGCUCCAAAGCGCCGUAUAUCCAUCCUCGAACAUUGCACAGUAUCUUGCGCAACUCACCACUACCCCCAUCAAGUGCCAAAAGCCCGGUCUCGCCCAGGAGGCAAUCUCUUCGAUUGCAGGAAAAAGCAGCCCGCCGCGUCGGCUAUGAAAGCCCACUAGAGCAAACCAUUACGACCGAAAAGUACACCAAGUCACACAUCGACCUGCUUGUCGAAGAGGCCUCGCCAUGGUCAGCUUCACCAAUUGUGGAGGACUCGGACAUGAUGUUGGACCUCACCAUGGCCUACACUGGUGAUGAAACUCGCGAUGGUGGGCAAACACCUGGGCCUUUUGAAGAGAUGCGUAGAAGGAUGGCCGGGCUGGGGACAGAAACACUUGUGUCGUCGCCGAGGCCAGGAGGCAUCAGGAAACACAAAAAGAAAGAGAAGAAGCGACGAUGGGUGUGGACCAUCGGCCAAGAUGGUGAAGAAGACGAAGGUGGCGCCAUUGCUGCCAUCCGAGCCGCAGCCGAUGCCAGUACACCCAAGCUUUCAAUGUCCAUGAAGGCGACCACGCUGGAACCUAUGACGGCGGUCCAGAUCAGCGUCGAGCAUGCGGACUCGGAGUCGAAGAACACCAGGAUGGACGUUGACGUUGACAUGUCCGAUACCAGCAGCGUCUUCACGACGAGCAGGGCCACGACACCGUUUAGCGUCGACUUGGACCAUGCGAAGACGCCGACGGCCAUGUUUGCCAACUCGGUACUCGCCAAGGUGGAACGGCUUGGGUCGGUGGAUUUAUUCAAUUCGGAGACUGGGAGUAGGAGGGACACGCCUAUCCCACCUGAUUUGCUGACGAGCUGA